UUCCGAUUAAAAUAAAUUGUGAGUCGGGUCUGGUCUAAAUCUAACUCGUACAUAUCGAUUCUCGUAUCGUGACCGCGACGACAUCUCGGCAUUCUCGGCGUCCGCCAGUUUAUUGUGUUCAUCAUGGCUUCGACGGAAUCUCUGGUAUGUGACAUCCUCGAUUUGAGCGGCCAGGGCCUCAAGAAGCUCAGCCGCUGUCCCUCGGACGCUGACAUUAGCACGCUGAUCAUAGACGACAAUGAUCUGCAGCGGCUCGAUAAUCUCGAUUCUUACCACAGAAUUACGAAGCUUUCGAUAAUCAGAAAUCAAUUACUACGGAUGUAUGGUGUAUCAAAGUUACAUAAUCUCGUUACCCUCAAUUUAGCAAACAAUGGUAUUCUGACAAUAGAAGGUAUCAAGGACAUGACUAAUUUGCAAACUCUCUGUUUAGCGGGUAAUAAUAUCAAGUCUAUUGAACAUCUGCAUACAAAUAUCAAAUUGGAACACCUGGAUUUGUCUGAAAAUAGUAUUAGCCAUAUUUCAGACAUAUCUUAUCUGCGAAAUUUGAAGGAACUUUUUUUGCAUAAUAAUCGCAUAAUAACACUACGCCAGUGUGAGCGCUACUUGCCUACAUCCCUGGAAACAUUCACGCUGGCAAAUAACAAUAUUACUGAUUUAAAUGAAAUGUCGCACUUGGCUAAUUUAAAAAACCUGGUCAACUUCUCAAUUGCUAACAAUCCGUGUGUCAGUAUGACAGGUAACAGUAUUGGGUUUGAUUAUCGGCCUUUUGUUAUUAAUUGGUGUAUGAGCUUGAAAUCAAUCGACGGUUAUGCGGUCGAUCCUAUUGAAAGCUUGAAAGCAGAGUGGCUGUAUUCUCAAGGACGGGGUAGACAAUUCCGUGUUGGUGAACACGCCUUACUUGCUCAAUAUCUUGCAUCUGUCUGUCCGCUCUCGGGCGAGUCCUUAGAAAACGAGACAGACAGAAAACUUAGACUUAUACUGAGCAAAGCUCAACAUCAUCAACAGCAAUUGAAUCAGCAGAGCGAUACCGGAAGCGUGCACAGCUUGAGUAGCGUGGCAAUGAGUUCUUCCCCAGCCGCUAGACGUAGACUUAGCCAUAACAGGACAAAUUCUCCCAGACGACCUACUUCUUCGAGGAAUUUGAAGAUGAAAUCGCCAGACCGAAUGGUUUCGAGUUGUCAUACCGACGCUAUGGUGUCUUCGUGUCAUGGUUUAUUAAGCGGCGAUCAUGAUACAAAUCUGAUGACCCAAAGUUUAGAUCCUAAUAUGCUCUCCGGCACACUGAGCAACAAAAUAUCAAACAACAGUUUUCAGGAUAUGGAAGAGACAUCGAGUCCUUUGCAAGCAGCUACGAAAUUAGUGCCGGUACCAGAGUCUCUGAUGAGUCCAGAUUUUCGUCCGCCGUCUGGUCUUUCGCGAAUUUUACCGAAGACUCCGACGCCAAGUAAAUUAAACUCUCCCUGUCAAAUCACAAUACCCGGUAAACCAUCCAUGGACGGCGACGGAAAGGCAAUUCCUAUCAUAAACACCGUAAAUCCAAUGGCAAAAAUGAAUCUAAGCGUUAUAAAGGCGAACGCUCUCGUGAAAAGUAGUUCCGCGACAAAUUGCAGCAUCGACAAAUUGAGGCCGAAUAUAGCUAAACCGGUCGUAACAUAUGCUAAUAGCAAGUGUCCGCACAGCGUAAAAAUUAAUAAUUACGUUCAAAGCAAGACCUUGCCAGCGAAGAAGAAUACAAGGAGUCCUAAUUUAGCCAGGAAUAUACAGCGACCAAAAAGCGCGAACGAGAGACUUAAAAGCAACUUGAACAAGGAUGAAAAAGAUGGCGAUACUGGAAUUCAGAGUAGCGACGAGGAUAGCGAAGUAUGUCAAGCGAAAUUGGAUAGCAUUCGGCAUAGGGCUAUUCAAAGAAGACAAGAAGACAGUAAUAAAGAUCAAGAUCAAACUGAGAAAGCUGCUAUUUGUAUUCAAAGAAUGUGGCGAGGCUAUCAUACCAGGAACCUUAAUAGAAAAGCCACUAGUAUAUUAAAAACAAUCGACAUGAUAAGAACGAAUAAAUACAUUCAGAAAUUGUCGACAGAUAUGGAAGCCACGAGAACUGCUCUCGAGAGCGAGCAUAAAUUACAAUUAUUGCAGAUGCAAGCGAUUAAUGCGUUAUGGAAAAAAGUGGUUAGCCUGCAACCGGGUGGCAAUCGAGAAAAUACCUUUAGUGAUAUGGAUAAUACUCUGCAACCAAACGCAGAUGUAGUUAAUAAUCUUGCGCAAACGUGUAAUCUGCUUCAUACUCAGGUUCAACAAUUGCAGGAUUCGAUGACAGAAAUAAAACGUUGCAUGUCUAGCAUGAAGCCAAAACCCGCCCUUGUCGAUAAUGGUGUCGCUACUCAAACGGAAAUAUCCGCUGUACAUACACCGGCAGGCGAGGAAAACACGUUUCCCUAUGGACGUCCUAAUAGACCACAAAGUUUGCCGAUACAUCAGACGAUACACGAGGGAAACGAGAACAAAAGUUUCGCAUCUAAUCUAGUAGACAGUGUGCUGAAGAAAGUAUCACAGUCUACGGACACAACGGACGACGAAGUCAAUACAGAUAUUUUGAAUUCAAACGAAAAUCCCGAGGUGUUAAAUUUGAAUGAGAAUCCCGAGAUGUUCAAGAGUUGUGAAGAGAUAAUAGAAUCUGAUCUUAAGGAGGCGGUUGAGAAUGAGGCGGAUGAUUAUGAAAAUAUAAUCGAGAAUGCAGCAAUAGACGGAGAGGUAUGCGAGGAAGCAUUAUGUAAAGAAUUGCAUAAUUUGAUCGAAACAGAAAAUGGCGCAGAAGCUUAUGGGAAUUGCGAGAAUAACGCGGUUAAUGGGGAUGACAAAGAAGUCUGCUAAAUGAACGAAUUGACUUCGUUGAAUAAAAUUUUCCGCACCAUAUGCCUUGUGAGUAACGCAGUCACGAUAAGACGGUAUGUGCGAAGUGAGAGAAAGUCUACAAAAUGUCUACAAAAUGCUCACUGUAAAUAACAAAAAAGUAAUUUUACUCGUAAUUGAUAUUAUAAAACGCGGGAUUUAAUUUUAGUGCAAACGGUUUUAUUGUACGAAGAAGAAUAAUGUUCCAAUUUCAUAAUAACAAGCUGCCAUUCUAACAGAAUAAAAUAUCCAUAUAGUUUUAAGAAAGCAGAUUGAUGAACAGUAUACAUGAUAGCAGCGAAAUUAUGUCAAUGAUUACAAAAGAUCUGUCAGCUUGUGCAAUUUUUAUUUAGAUUAUAAAGUGUAUUUCAUGAAACAGUCACGUUAUUUGUGCAUUAUCAUAAGGAAUUUCAGAAAUUUUCCGUCCGAUUAUUGACGGUAGCACGUACAUUUACAUAAAACGUAACAUAUUUUACCAAACUGGCCAUUGAAGAACCAUUCCUAAAGCAUUCCGUUCAUUUUACCUAUUACACUUUUACCUGAAUAGAAAUUAAGCUCAAUAAAAUUUCACAUUGUCCCAGGAAAUCAUAUUUAAUAUUUUGCAAAAAAUUAAUUUUUUCUUUAAAACAUUUGCACAAAAUGUGUUUAUCUACAGUUUAUUUCAUUUAGUUUCUCAUAUAAUUAUAUUACAUGAGAUAUAGUUAUAUUUAUUUAUUUAUUUAUUCGUCCGUAUAUGCAAACAAGCAUUAAAUAUAGUAAAUAUAUCAAAGUAUUGAGAAAGAAUAGCGGAAAUAUGAUUGAAUCUAGUCAAUAUAGAAUAGCUUUUACAUUUAGAUAUUGUAGAUAUUUAUUCCAGAAUUGUUAUAUAGAUAUUACUCAAUGUUAUGGAAAUAAACAUCGCAAACUAUUAAUUUCAACCUAUUACAUCGUUAAAUAGUACUAUUUAUGUCAUACGAAAGAGAUGUAAUCACAAUUCUGUAAUUAUUAGUUCCACGAUUAUCGAUUAUUUAUGUGUGACAAAUAAUCUGAUUAAACAAUUUAAUAUUCUGCAAAUUCUCUUGUCUACACGCGAGCUUAAUAAAUUAAUAUAAUACAGCUACA